GUGGGCUUGUGCUGGCUGGUUGAUCACUUUCAAAUCCGCCCCCACAGACACGCAACGAGAUCAUGGCGCAACGAGCUCUGGUGGCACCUGUCAAGUGGGCCCAACGCAAGGAUUCGCUCUACUUGACCGUGGACCUGCCUGACGUGAAGGACGAAAAGGUGGUCUUGACCAACACGAGCUUGAAGUUUUCCGGCACGAGCAACCAAACGAAGUACGAAGUCAAUUUGGAAUUUUUGCACGAAGUCGACACAGACGCCCCGGAAAGCAAGUGGGCCAAAGCCGAUCGCAACAUUCAUUUCUUCAUUUUGAAGAAGGACAAGGAUGCUGACUUCUGGCCGCACUUGCUCAAGGACAAGCACUUGGAAAAGACGAACGUCAAAGUCGACUGGAACAAAUAUGUUGAUGAAGACGACGAAGGAGACGACAAUGGCUUUGACAUGAGUGCCCUGAGCGGUGGUGGAGGAUUCGACAUCAACCAAAUGAUGGCCCAGCAAGGUGCAAACCUCCCCGACGAAGAAGACAGCGACGACGAGGACUUGCCCGACCUGCAAGAAUAGAGUUACGCUGUUUAUAGUAGUGAUUUGGAUCCCUCACCCAUCGAGGACGUGUUCACUUCUUACAAUCAGACUCCAACUCAUCUCUAUAGGCCAAGAACGCGACAGCAACAUUGCGAAUGACAGUAUCGUCGUGGAGGCUGCAUUGUUU